AACCAACAUGGCGGCGCCCGUGUUUCUAGGCGUGUUGGACGAGCCAGUCCGUGACGAACGGGACUGUUCCUCCUUAUAUACUAACAGAGUAGGAGGGAAACCGGGCUGUGCCCCCCUCCCACCCUUCCCAGAGAUGCCUGUGUGUGCGUUGUGCUGCUGCACACUGACCCUUGUUGUGCAGGUGUACUGUCCCCUGGACGGCUCUCCCUAUCACAGGACACUCUAUCUCUUUGCCUGCUGUAGGAAGCAGUGCUGGAAUAAGUCAGAAAGUUGGUUUGCUGUCAGGCUUCAAGUUUCAUGUGAAGAUCAUACUUCUGAACAGGAAGAGACAGAGGUGGUUUCUAUGGCAACCACAGACUGGUGUGAUGAUGCAGAUGACUGGGGUGAUGAGGCAGAAGAAGAGGAUCCUGUUGCCAUAGCAACACCUACCACAAUAGAUCAUCGCAGACAAGAGGAAGACAACAUGACAAGUGAAUCUGUCUGCAUGGAACAGUUUCAGAACCUAGAUAUAUCUGAUUCUGUAGAACAGACUGGUUUUAAUGACAAAGAGGACUUGAAUCAUGAUGACAAUCCUGAGAAAGGAACUGUAGACAUAGAGAAAGUAGAAAAUGUGCUGGUAGAGGAUCUACCAGUAGAUGAUAUAACAACUUCUUCUCUAUCCAAAUUAUUGAGUUUGAAUGUUGACACAGAAGAGCCUUCACAAGUGGAGACUGUAUUUGAAGCAUAUUACAUGAGUGUGUUUGAGGAGCCCACUGACUCCAUGGUAGACUAUGAUGAUCAUGUACACAGACUCAUGACAGACUAUCAACAGAAGGAAGGUGUGGACCUAGCAGCUAUGGAGGGCUCUGGAACAAGUACAGGAAAGAGAGGUGGAGGAGAGAGUUACGAGAAAACCACAGCAAGACACGGGGACAAAGUCUUUCAGAAGUUUGCCAAGAGGGUGUCACUCUGUCCUGAACAGAUUCUUAGAUACAGCAGAGGUGGAAAGCCACUUUACAUACAGGAGCCAGAGGAUGCCCACAUGGUGCAACCUCCAUGUGCUAACUGUGGUGGACAGAGAGUUUUUGAACUCCAACUCAUGCCAACCAUCAUCAGCAUUCUGAAGACACCAGGAGUGACCAGCAAUGAUCCCAUGCUUGAGUUUGGUACAGUGCUGGUGUAUACCUGUGCUGGAAGCUGUUGGACACAACAGACUACGUCCUGUGUGGAACAUGUGGUGGUGCAGGCUGACCCAUACAACCAGUUCUUCUCACAGAAACCUUAAAGGCAGUAUCAGUACUAGUGUGUUAAUACUGGAAAUGUCUUGUAUCAGAGGCCAUCUGUAUGAUAUUGACAUAUACUGCCCUCUAUUUCAUACUUUGGGCAUUUAAAAAUAGUGCUCACACAAGUCCUUUAUUUCUUGGGACAUCCAAUACUAGUAUAUCAGCCCAGCCAGCCGGAAGUUGCCAAUAAAGUUGCAAUAUUAGUAAAAUUCCUUGUGCAAGUGAAAUAUAAUAUUCAAUAGGUACAUUGAAAAAUUGAUAUGAAUCUGUACUCACUAGUGGUAUGUAUACUUCUGCAUUGUAAGACGUGCAAGACAAGUUCUGGAAUAGACAAUUUAUUUUUUACUUACAUAGACUUACAGGCUCCCAUGUCUUCUUA